GACGACAAGGAGGUUCGGACAUGUGUGUACAUACAUACAUACAUCCACUGAAAAAUGACAGCAAAUAACAUAAUGUUUGGCGAUAUGUCGCUUGUUUAAAGCUGUUAUGGAGACGCGAACGACAUGAUGUUGAUUCAUGAAUAAUGUCCGAAGCUGCUGUUGAGGAAGUUUCCGUUUUAUCGUCCAUUUACUGCGGAGAAGGAGAGUUCCAGCUCAUCCAGCAGUCUGCUCAGGAUGGGCUUGUUGUCCAAAUCAACAGCACUGUUGGAGGAGAAAGAGGACUGGACAUCAGUCUGUUGUUCCAUCUGCACCCCCGCUACCCUUCCUGCCCCCCCGGCAUCUCUGUCUCUUCCACUGCUCUUUCUAGGACUCAGUGUCACAACAUCAGACAGAAGCUGCUGGAUCAAGCUGCAGCCUUACCACCAGAACCAAUAGUUCAUCAGUUAGUGGAGUGGUUACAGUGUGUGCAGAUUGCAGAGGACUACAGAGGAGGUGAGGAGGAGGUGAAAGAGAGAGAAAAAGAGGAGGAGUGGACUGCAGUGCUGUUGUUGGACCACAUCCGAGCUCAAAACCGUUACAUCGGACUGCUGGAGCGCUGGACCCAGCAGCUGCAGCUCACUGGGAGAUUAUUACUGGGACGAAGUAUACUGGUUAUUCUGCAGGGAGCGAGACCCAACAUCAAGGAGUUUUGUUGCCUUUUGAAGACAGUGAAGGUGGAUGUGGAUUCUUCAGGCAAGAAAUGCAAAGAGAGGAUGAUGAAGGUUCUCAUUGAAACCCUUUUGUCUUCCUCCUGUGGACAUGGGUAUGGAUCACAGACACGUGACUGAUUCUCCAGGGUUUUGUAGUGAAGAACUACCAGUCAUUACCAGAGCUGACCGCGGCCUUCCAGGAAAUCAACAUGACUGAGCUUUACCAGCAGAUCCUGCCAUCAUUAAGUGACUGACAGCACACAGGUUACCAAGUCACGGAGCUCCCCUGGGGUCAGCUGAGAAAAAAAAGAGCCAUGUGUAAAUCUGUACUCUGUUUGCAAACUGUGCGCACGGAGUGGCACAAGACCUCUUUCUUCAGAGAACAAGGAAUGGAGCAUUUCGACGGCGACCACAUCCAGUUUCCAGAUUAUUUCAUUUAUAUAUAGGCCUAGCACUUUAAAAAGCACAAAUAUUGUGUUUUACAUUGGAUGUUUCGCAGCUUUCAUUGUGUAACACUGAAUUGAACACUGUCGAAAUGCUCCAUUUCUUGUUCUCUUAAAGAAAGAAGUCGUUUUCAAAUCUGUGGGCAGAUUAUGAAUCUGAGAGCACGAUUUUAAAAAACUGUGCACAGAUUUGUAAACCGAGAGUCCAGAAAUAAACAUGGCUCCUUUUUUUCUUUCUCAGCUGACCCCAGGGGGUUCCGUACCACGGUGAGCAGAUCAGUAAACUGAGAAGAUUCUUGACAAGAUUCAGACUGAGAAACAGCUGCACACAGGAAGAGCUGACAGCCCAGGAUUACAAAUUAAACGUAAAUCUUAAAAGCCUCCUCCCAACUACAACACAACACUAACUGUGCUGUAGCAUCGGCUCAACAACAAACACAAAGGGACUGAUGGUGCUAACACAAAAGACAACAAGUAUGCCUUUUCAUAAAAAAGCAGGGUUUCAUUAUUGCUGAUGUGUAUUUGGAUGCAUGAUUUCAUUUUCACUGAUGGACUGAAAAUGGAUUAACACACCAGACAUAAUUCUGUUGUUAUUUGUGGUUACUGUAUGUGCAAGUAUUGUACCAAUAAAGCUCUUUUGAGUUGUU